CCUAUGCCUAUGGCCCACUCAUACUCCACAGGCGCUAGGCGCCGGGACAUGUACCGGAACCUAACCUUUGUAGCCUCCCGACCAGCGUCGGAUAUCUCCACAGACCAGUGCAACGGCAUGACUUGUUCACAAAGAAUCCCAAGACGUCGUCAGGCCUGCAGGAUCAUCGCCUCUCGCAGUCUUGGUGACCGACUCCCGAGCGACUUGUGACCGUCACUGACCGAGCUAGCAAGCGGUAGACGAAAAAAUCCCGGAGAGAAAACCAUUUUGAAACCGUUGUUUUGCCAUUUUCUUGUUGCAUUCGACCAGGAAGGGCUAGCAGACCAGUCAUGACUGUCGCCUAGUUUGCACUUGAGUGGUACGUACCGGCAACUACUGUAGGGAGCUCACGACACAUGCUGAGAGCGGCCAGGCCAGAGCCAUACCGGCCAAGCAAGGACUCAGGCCAAAGACGUCGAUGUACUGCAACGACCCCUCGUCCCUGAGACGUGUUGAUCCUGCAGUCUGGGCUGCCGGCUGCAGACGAACACACUGCCGAACUACUUGCCACCAGUGACAGUGUUGUCCGUGCCGCGGUACAAGCUACCCAGGUGGACAGCUAGUGCAGGGACGUGACAUUCUUCAUCUGUGUGUCAACCCGUGGAGGACACCGACCACCGGUACCGUUGGUCGCAAUCGGUGUCCGGUCAGUGGUUCCACGCCCGCUCCCUUCCUCAACACUUCAGUUCUGUUCCUGCGCGUGGGAGGUCUAUGGUUGGGCGGAUGCUCAGUUUAGCGUCAGAACUGCGAAGUACAUGUAGUUAAUACUAGUAGCUCCCGCAUCUGGACGAACAAGAACUCACCAGGCAGUGGAGCGGCGGCAGGAAGGCGGCAUACGUCGUCGAGUUGUGCUUGCUAUGUCGAGAACCACUGGCGGAGUCUGGCUGAUUUCGGCAUUCUGGCUGCUAUGGCUCUUGUGCAUUGUCGAUUUACCAGGUGUUGCGGUAGGUACAGGUUGUGUCCCACUGCCUGUCAUUGUUGCCAACGCAACAGUGACGAUCUUGCACUCUGCUACCGCGUCCGACGUAACCAUGGCAACUGGAACAACAACAGCAGCUAUGACUUCAGCGCCACCGGUCACCAUGGUCACAAGCAACGUUGAUAUCAGUGUCGGUGUUACGCUACAAUAUCGCUGCGAAACCGGGCACGUGAUCGCAAUCAACAACGUGUCAUUCGGCGUGCCUCAGUUAUCGGUGCAGUGCAUGGCUGGCGGCGUGUGGACCGGAGGAGUGACAGUAGCGCCGACGUGUGAAUAUCUGCCUUGUGCGUACUCGGCAGCGCCUGCCAACGCGGCCACUUCUGGUGUUCGUUUCACGCGUACUGCGGACGGCAGCGUGGUGGCUGGAGUUGACUACAUCUGCAACACUGGUUAUCAUGUCACUGGCUCACUGGUGAGCACCACAGUGCACAGUCUUACAUGCCAGUAUGGCAGCGGUCAGUGGAACGGGACACUGCCCACUUGCACAAAAGUCCAGUGCGGCCCGCCCUUUCCGGCAGUGCAGCGUAGUUUCCUUGUCAAGCAGCGCGGUAAUGACUUGACGUUCAACUCCAGCGUUUCAUUGUACUGCUCCGUGGCGGCCUAUCACAUAGCCGGCUAUGACACCACGGUGAAGGAGAAAAGCGCCGUGUGCCAGGCCAAUGGAGAGUGGAGCGAGGAGUCAUUUCCUCCAGCCGGCUGUGUCUUGGUGGAGUGUCCGAAUCUCCGACAAGCCGUGCCCAAUGCUGAGCUGGAUCAUAAUGACUACACCGUGUACAUGCGCAUUGUUGUCACCUGCUUGCCCGGCUACACAUUGAAUGGAGUUCCUGAUGGAGACAACACGACAACCGCCCGCUGCGGUGAAACGGGAGCAUGGCUGCCAGGCGUCCCGGUCUGUUCCUCGCCGCCGCCGCUGCCGCCUCCUGAUCCCACAAUCACUACUACUCAACAACAAACUUCAAGUCCAUCCACAUCUAGCCAAAUGAACCAGAUGAACACAAGUACAACCCAGUCAACCACAUCUCAAUCUGAACCGCUGGGCACAAGUCAGACCCAAACAUCUGCUGCCAGACAUCAUGGCACAAUUCUUGUUACUUCCUCUGCAAGCACGUCUCCAACUCAACUGCCGCAAUCUGAUAGCGGUGGCGCUGGAACUGGUGUGGUCCUGGCCAUCAUCAUCCCCUGUGCAUUGGUCGGCAUCAUCUUGAUCGUUUUGAUGGCAUAUUACAUACGGCGCCGAGAGUUGAAGAAGAGGCCGUGUGAGCCAUGGGAGACACCGCUGACGAUGGGAAGUCAGCGGCGCAACACUCCCCUAGACAGCAGCUCUUCCUACGUCACGCCCGUCAGUGCCAACGGCAGGUCAGGCCCGCGAGCAUCCGCACAAUCAGAGAGCAGCCAGUCGCAGUACUUUGAUGACCCUAUCUACUACAAGCACAACACAACACGCAGUUUCGCCGGAACACUGGUUGAAGAGCCCUAUGGCCGUAUACAGGCAAAUGUAUUCUACUCCAGCCCUGUCAGCCCGGCGCGAUCCCCGCCAAGUGCUUUGACCUUGCAGGAUUCGGCGGUGGAUUCACCAUCGGAGCAAGCAGCAACAACAGGAGGGGUGCACAAUGGCGCUCUGUCGCUUUACAAACGUCCAGUUCCCAACUCACCGCCGCUCUACUAUGAAGUCAACGAAAGUGGCGAUGCAGAUUCGCCGCAGGCAAGCUCACCCUAUAGCAACAUAGGACAGUACCUGCGGCCACAGGAUCAACUGGAGCCUGGCGGCGGUAGAAAGCAGCGGGCUAACAGCGCCGGCCACACGUACAAUACCGUCCGCCAGCCACCUCCACCCAGGUUGCUGAACAACACACUGGUCGAUGAGAAUGGACAUCCACUGUUGCAUGUCGAUGUGGAAGUGACAAUGAAUCCCACACCGGUGUACUACUGCUUAGAAAACACGUCCCCUCUGCAGAACCACCACCUUAACAACACCCUGACCGACAGUAGCCAUCAGCUCAGUGAAGACGACCUGUCCAUGUCCCGGCAUGACUCGCCUCAUCCGUACAGCAGCAUUGGAGGGGCAGACAGCAGUGACAAUGGCGAUCCAUCAAGCUUGGAAGCAACAGCUGCGCAUCACACCUACUCCAUCCCGAACAAAACCAUGAAGGCGGUCAGAGCUACCACUUCCGAGACCAGUGGUGCUGGUCCUGCUGUGGGUCCUGCUGUUACUGAUGGUACUGUUGUUACCAACUCUGCAGCAACUACAGUUGAUGUGAAGAAGAAAUCUAGUGGUAGCACCAUUGGGGAGUGGAGUGCCGACCAUCGAGCAAGGUCCAACCGAAGGACAAUCGAAGAACUGGAUAAGGUAUCAUCGGAUGCUGCUUCCAUGCUACAUCGUCAGCGCUCUCGAAGUUUAUCAGCGGCGGAGAGAAAGCAGAAGAAGCAGAAAAACCUGAAAAAACUUCGCGACGAUGCUGCGGCUCAUGACUCCGAUCCAACAUUAAGGCGGAUGCCAGUUACGCCGCCUCCGCGAAGAGACAGCAUGGCAACAGGAUUGCGCAGUUUGACAGCAGCUCGCUCGCACCUCGACACGCGGCGCACUGACGGUGAAGACGACCACCAGCCUGCUACACCCUUGCAGAAAGAACACCGAAAGCGCAGCAGGUCGGCGGGCCAUGUUGCCAAGAGGAGGCCCGUACGGGAUGGAGACCUUGACGAGAGUAUGCUAGAGUUGACCACUGACCUAUAGCCGCAUGUCACAUGACCUAUAUAAAGUGGCAUUAUGUGUCACAUGACCUAUAAAUAUGCUAUUAUGUGUCACAUGACCUAUAAGCAUGCUAUCAUGUGCCACCUGGUUCAUACACAACACCACGUUUCUCUAAUCAAUUUGAUGCACCCUACCAAGAGUAGAUAAACAAGAGUGUGCAACUCCGGAUCUCUCCUGCACAAUCUGCAGAUACCCCCGCCCACGGCGGAAUUUUUUGAUGACGUCACCUUUUUUCAGAGAAACGCGGACUUUGCCGCAGAGCAGUGUGAGAGCACGUGCUGGGCACCGACCUUGUAGUGUAAAGCCCGGCCAAGUGCACGAGGGAAACCUCUCCAAAAGGCUCGCAGUGCGUGCGUCGUCGAAAAGAUUACGUCAACAAAAAAUUCCGCCGUGGGCCAACCCAUCCGGGAGUUGCACACUCUUGUUUAUCUACUCUUGACCCUACGCAUGUUCUGAGACGUUGAGAUGCCGUGACAUCACACUUAUUAAAGAUGAUGAUUGUAAAAAUAGA